AUGGAGGUGCAACCGGCACGAAUCGUCGUCGAAAGGAGGCUGCCGACAGAAGCAAGGAGGGAACAAGAAGACUGGGGUGGCUUGUCGGAUGCAAGAGCCAGGAGAAAGAUCCAGAACCGGCUCAACCAGCGCUCUUACCGCCGCAGAAGAGCAGCAGAACGAGCGGCCAGAAGGGCGUCAGCUACUCGCAGCACGCAGAAACCCGUACCACUUGCCCCUCGGGAGGCUGUACCUGCAGCCGAUCCCAAAACCAAGGUCGAUGAGCCGGCUUCUAGGCGAGAGACCCCCUGCCUACUACUGGCAGGACACCCACCCAGUCAGGUCGACCUGCGCUCUCAGCUCGUGCUCCAGCAGAUCACGCCACCGGCGCCCAGAUGUGCAGUGCUGCUAGCAAAUCCUCAGGUGCGCAGAGUCCACUACUACGCUCGCACGACCCUUUGGCCGUCGUUCAAGCACCACAGCCUCGAGACCAAUGAGUCCUUGACUUCGGCUUUCUUUCAUCUGAGCAUGGUCGAUGACCUGCUCCUCAACUCCUUCGUCUGGACCGCCGCGUUGGCCAUGUCGAUGCACCUGCCGCACACCGUCGUUGACAACGAGGCGGUAAUGUUCGCGUGCCAGAACAGGGCCGUCCAGAGCAUCCGGGAGCGCAUCGGGCGAAAUGAGGUCUCUGACUCGGUCAUCUUUGCGGUUCUCGGUCUCACCAUACGCGACACCAACCCUCGCUUCGCCAUGCUGGAGGGCCGAGAAGACUGCUUCGGGGGCUUCGAUCCUCCGCUGCGAUCGCUCGGUUGGAUUCAAUGUUUCUCCCACUUCCGCUGGACGCCGUCGCAUAUCCGAGCCGCCAAGUCCCUGGUGGCUGCGCGCGGUGGUCUGCAACACAUCACGAUGCCCGGUGUCGCGGAGCAAAUCCAGGCUACGGACAUCCUCCAGGCUAGCAUAUCGCUGUGCCGCCCACAUUUCACCCUGUGCCGCCUCUAUCAGCAUGUACUGGACAACCAUGUCAAGACGGUCCGCCCGCCCCGUGAGAGACUUGACGAGGCGUUCCCCGCCAUCACCGACGUCGAGUUCAAGGAUCUGCUCCUCGACAUGAGAAUGCACUGCCGCGAGCUUGACCGAAUUGCCAUGGAAUCCGGGCCUGCUGCUGCGGGUAGUGCUGGUGAAGAUGGAUCCGAUUCCGAUGCCGACCUCGUGUCAUCGUCGGUGGCUUGGGAAACGAACGUCUAUCGCAACCUCAUCCAGUACCGGCUGCUGCGUCUGCCCGGUUACGAACAACGAGUGGAGGAACUCUGUCGGCUCGGAGCCAUGAUUUUCAGCUACGGAGUCAUUUUCCCUGUAGCCAAACCGAAACCGUUGCGCACUCUGGCCAAACACUUGAAGAAUGCUUUAGAGGACUAUCAUCGUCAUUGUCGGUUGUGUCCUUCCACGCCGACACCCAACGAUACACCAACCUUCUCCGGUGGGCAUAAGGCAGCAGAGGGCGACACACAUGCACACGCAGCAGUCUCUACGAACGGACCAUCAGCCCCGUUGUCAUUCCUCCUGUGGCUCGCCAUGCUAGGUGCGCUCGCGUCCAGGGGCAACGACCACGAAGCCUUCUUCCUCGACCGCGUGUCAACCUGGUCUGCCGAGUUGGGGGUCGUGCGGUUCUCCGACCUGAAAGACCCCAUGCGGAGUUUCCUCUGGCUAGAUCGGGCGUGUGAUAAGGGUGCGUUCGAGGUGUGGACGAAGAUCCGAGUUGGAAUUAUUACCGGCGAUGACGGUACUAGUCUUGGUGGCGCUCCUGGUGUUCCCGGUUCAGAAAAGAUAGACAGCAACAACGUAGACGAGGAUCUAUUGGAGGGGCGGCGGCGGAGAUGGCAGGAACAGCAGGGCCAGAAACUGAAGGACGGGGUUGAUGGGUCUUUGCAUAUGUUGUCUUUGAUCUGUGCAGGUUAG